UUUUUGCGCUAGCGAAGCAUAUUACAUUCCACCUUAAAUGACUGACUUGUUUCAGGACUUUAAUGAAAUGGCCGAGUUGGACAUGGAUAACCCUCGGGGCCUAUUCGAUUUCAAUGGUUCCAAUGUGAGUGGCACCGGGUCUCCAGCAGCAGUUUUCAGUGGGCGGCAAGACCAUAGCAGCGUUGUCCUUCCUGUCAUCUUUGGGAUCAUAUGUUUGGUGGGAAUCAUUGGAAACUGCAUUGUAAUCUACACCAUUAACAAAAAACCCAAGGGCAACCACAACAUUGCUGAUAUCUUCAUAGUGAGCCUCUCUGUGACCGACCUGCUCUUCUUGCUUGGAAUGCCCUUUCUCAUUCAUCAGUUACUAGGGAAUGGCGUAUGGCAUUUUGGUGCCACCAUGUGCACUAUCAUCACAGCUCUGGAUGCCAACAGUCAGUUUGCCAGUACCUACAUCCUCACGGCCAUGUCAGUGGACCGUUACCUUGCAACAGUACACCCCAUCCGCUCUUCCUAUAUGAGGACCACAUGUGCCGCAGCUCUGGUGAUUUUGUUGUUGUGUUUGUGCUCCCUAAUUACAAUAAUUCCGGUCUUCAUGUACACUCAGUUGAUUGAGCAUCCCGAUGGCAAUGCUGGUUGUGGAAUUAUCCUACCCAAUUUCUACAUUGAUAUCUACUGGUACACUCUCUACCAGUUUUUCUUGGCCUUUGUCAUACCUCUUCUUAUAAUCUGUGUUGUUUAUAUCAAGAUCCAGAAGCAUAUUUCCUGUGUGGUGGUCCCACUGCCACAGAGGAACUUCAGAGCCAGGUCCAAGAAGAUAACUAGAACAUCUGUAACAAUUUGCUCUGCCUUCUUCAUUUGUUGGGCGCCAUACUAUAUAUUACAGCUGGUCCACCUAAAAGUGGCCAAUCCAACAGUGGUGUUCUUCUAUGCAUACAAAGUGGCCAUUAGCCUUGGCUAUGCCAAUAGUUGCAUCAACCCUUUUAUAUACAUUGUGCUGAGCGACACCUUUAAAAGACACCUGAUUAAGGCAGUUUGCCCAGCACAGAAGGUCAGAAGAAGUGAGAGGCAUGCUGCCAGCGAGGUCAGCCCAUCGGUGAGAAUCUGUUCGGGGCCAACCCAAGAGACUUCCUUAAGUUUGAUGUAUUCUCACAACAUUGACAAUUAUAUUUCUUUGUCUGUAUCUGUUCCAUGAGGAAAAGAAACUGUUGGUGAGAAGAGGUGGGAAAACAAUUAUGCUACAAUGGAAACCUUCUCAUUGGAUGACAGUCUCCUCCAAUCAGUUGGUACUCAGUAACAUUGUACGAGCUGGAGGGUGGAUAGAAAUGAGAGUAAAUGGGAAGGGUAGGGAGACAAAUUUAUGUGACAUGGGCCGUAAGGGUAAAGAGAUGACAAAGAGGUGGAUUAUUAAAGAUUGAUGGUCAGGGCUAAAUUGCUUCACUGCGGUUACCUAAAGCCACCAGUCACCAAUUGGUUCAGAUCGGUCUACUAAAAGAUAGAAAGGAUCUGAUUGUUUGAAAUGGGUAGCUACUAUAUGUACUAAAAUUAAAUCUAAAGCAACUAGAAUUUUCUUGAAAACAUUUCACCACUCAUCUAAGCUGCUUCUUCUGUUCCAAACAUUUCACUACCAUUCGAGUGGAUUCUUCAAUUCCCGGCGGCAGAAGAACUUCUUCAGUUUCUCCAACGAGUGGUUAUACAUUUUCAAGAGAACCCAGAGCAAUGACGUCAGGAGGGAUUGAGACUGGCCAGACUUUUUUUCCACUGAAACCUGGGCAAGCAGUUUUGAACUGGACAUCCCCUAGAAAAAUCAGGUUGCCCACUUCAAAACUGGACAGGUGGCAACCCUAGACCAAGGUAGUAAAUGUAAAUAAGCCUUUUAGAAAAAGUGAAUCUUUGUGUCCUAUGUGACAUCUUAAACCCUGCCAUAAAUUGAGACAAAAUCGCUGGUGUAAAAGAUCAGGAAGCAAAGGGGUCACAUGAGCCCCAUGGAAGGAAAACUAUAUA